CUCUCUGGCACCUGUUGUUGGCCGAAGGCGUGGCUUCCCCUGCAAGCAUCAGGUAACACCUGCCUCUCCCUUUCUGGAGCUACAAGCUCAGGGCUUGCAAGGGAAUUCGAGCCACGGCAGGAACAGGUGACGUUGAAGCAGCAGCAGCAGCAGCAGCACCUCUCUCUGCUGCUGCUGCUGCUGAUGAGACCCAGCGAAGAUGGUAGAAGGACGCUUCUCCAAACUUCUCCAGCAAGGAUCCCUUUUCCGCUUAUCCCAGAAAUAUCAGCCACUUGGGAGUGGGGAGCCAGAAGGAGAGACUGAAGAAUGUGAGCUGAAAGUAGUUGAACAGGAGAAGGAUGUCACAGCUCUGUCCUCCAGAGACGCUUGCAAAUGCCAUAAAGAAGACUUGGCCAAGGCUUUGCAUGUCGAUUUACAAACGGGACUCUCGGAGUUAUCUGUGCUCCAUCGCAGGCUGACCCAUGGCUGGAAUGAAUUUAUAGUAGACAAUACGGAGCCAAUAUGGAAGAAAUAUCUAGACCAGUUUAAGAACCCGCUGAUUCUACUGCUGCUGGCUUCUGCCUUAGUAAGCAUCAUCACAAAAGAGUACGAGGAUGCUGUGAGCAUUGCAAUGGCCGUGCUAAUUGUGGUUACGGUGGCCUUCAUCCAGGAAUAUCGCUCUGAAAAAUCUUUGGAAGAGCUCAACAAGCUAGUCCCUCCAGAGUGUAACUGCAUAAGGGAAGGGAAACUGCACCAUCUUCUUGCACGGGAACUUGUCCCAGGAGAUAUCGUGUGUCUUUCUGUUGGAGACAGGGUUCCCGCAGAUCUCAGACUGAUAGAGGUUACAGACCUGUUGGUGGAUGAAUCCAGUUUUACUGGAGAAGCUGAGCCUUGUAGCAAGACUGACGGUACCUUAGUGGAAGCUGGGGACAUAACGACACUAAGUAAUGUUGUUUUCAUGGGAACCCUGGUGCGGUAUGGGACGGGAAAAGGAGUGGUUAUCGGAACUGGCAAGAACUCGCAGUUUGGAGAAGUGUUUAAAAUGAUGCAAGCAGAGGAGACACCUAAAACUCCUCUGCAGAAAAGCAUGGAUCAACUGGGAAAACAGCUUACCCUCUUCUCCUUUGGCAUAAUCGGUUUAAUAAUGCUCAUUGGCUGGUUGCAAGGAAAACAUCUGCUCAGCAUGUUUACUAUUGGAGUUAGCCUGGCUGUGGCUGCCAUCCCGGAGGGCCUCCCGAUAGUGGUCACGGUGACGCUGGUCCUCGGCGUUUUGAGGAUGGCCAAGAAAAGAGUGAUUGUGAAGAAGCUGCCCAUAGUGGAGACGUUGGGAUGCUGCAACGUCAUCUGUUCAGACAAGACGGGUACUUUGACGGCCAAUGAGAUGACGGUCACUCAGCUGGUCACCUCGGAUGGAUUUCAGGCAGAGGUCAGUGGGGUUGGAUACAAUGGGAAAGGGAGUGUAUGCCUCUUACCAUCCAAGGAAGUCUUAAAGGAAUUUUCCAAUGUCUCCGUAGGAAAGCUAGUAGAGGCUGGCUGUAUAGCCAAUAAUGCUAUUAUUCGAAAAAAUAUUGUGAUGGGUCAGCCAACCGAAGGAGCCCUCGUCGCUCUUGCUAUGAAGAUGGAAUUAAAUGAUAUAAAAGAUAUUUAUGUAAGAAGGAAGGAAAUCCCAUUUAGCUCCGAACAAAAGUGGAUGGCAGUAAAAUGUUUAUUGAAAAAUCAGGAACAGGAAGAAAUUUACUUUAUGAAGGGAGCCUUUGAAGAAGUGAUUCGCUAUUGUACCAUGUAUAACAGUGGGGGUAUCUCGGUGCUACUUACACCACAGCAGAAAGCCAUCUAUGUCCAGGAGGAGAAAAGAAUGGGAUCGUUAGGCCUGAGAGUCCUUGCCUUGGCUUCAGGUCCAGAACUUGGCAGACUGACAUUUUUAGGCCUGGUUGGAAUAAUUGACCCUCCAAGAGCUGGAGUGAAGGAAGCAGUCCAGGUCCUGUUUGAGUCAGGGGUAUCGGUGAAGAUGGUGACGGGAGAUGCCUUCGAAACGGCUAUGGCCAUUGGGCGGAGCAUUGGGCUCUGCAAUGGGAAGCUGAAAGCCAUGUCUGGGGAAGAGCUGGAACAACUGGCAGAGUCAGAGCUAUCGUCCACGGUCAAACAAGUUUCCAUCUUCUUCAGAACAAGUCCAAAGCACAAACUAAAAAUCAUAAAGGCUUUGCAAAAGGCUGGUGCCAUUGUGGCAAUGACAGGGGAUGGGGUAAAUGAUGCGGUGGCCCUCAAAUCUGCCGAUAUUGGGAUUGCAAUGGGACAAGCAGGCACCGAUGUCAGCAAAGAGGCUGCCAACAUGAUCCUAGUGGACGACGAUUUCUCAACUAUCAUGAACGCCAUAGAGGAGGGAAAGGGAAUAUUUUACAAUAUAAAAAAUUUUGUCCGCUUCCAGCUCAGCACGAGCAUUUCAGCUUUGAGCUUAAUUACUCUGUCAACAGUAUUCAAUUUACCAAAUCCACUCAACGCCAUGCAGAUCUUAUGGAUCAAUAUCAUUAUGGAUGGACCUCCGGCUCAAAGCUUGGGAGUCGAACCGGUUGAUAAAGAUGCCAUCAAACACCCUCCCCGGAGUAUUACAGGCACAAUACUCAGCAGGGCGCUCAUCCUGAAAAUCUUCAUGUCUGCUAUCAUCAUCAUCAGUGGAACCCUCUUUGUCUUUUGGAAAGAGAAUCCCGAAAGUGGUAUAACCCCCCGAACCACAACAAUGACGUUCACUUGUUUUGUGUUUUUCGAUCUCUUCAAUGCCUUGACGUGCCGGUCUCAGACGAAGUUGAUAUUUGAGGUAGGAUUUUUCCGGAAUCGCAUGUUCUUGUACUCCGUCCUGGGGUCGCUUCUAGGGCAAAUGGCUGUGGUGUACAUUCCUCCCUUACAAAAGAUCUUCCAAACAGAGAGUUUAGGAGCAUUAGUGUGUUGUAUCGAUAUUGGGAGGCUGCGCAUGCAUCCAUGUAGUGACAUGUAGAGGUGUAAGUGCAUCCAUGUAUUGACAUCUUUACGAAUUUCUCUAAUGGAGUCGGGGCCUUACUUGAGCGCUCUUCCAAGCACAAAAUCCAUCUGACCCAUCGGGUUGCACUCUGUCCCCUGCUCUGUUGACAGAUCUGUUGUUUCUCGCUGGAUUGGCUUCCUCGGUUUUUAUUGUGUCUGAGCUCAUCAAGCUCUGCGAAAAACGCUGCUGUAGAACAAAGCAAGUGAGGCGUCACCCUGCGGCGUGAUGGACAAGAGACUUCUAUGAAGAACGUCCUUUGAACAAAGCUGUGACGUUUUGUAAUCCAGACGUGUCAUUUUGUGCCUAUGCAAAUCCCCUUCGGAUACCUCGUCCCUGGAUAGGCCUUCCCACACCGGAUUACAUCCCUGUCCUGUUCUUCAUCAACGUCAUUUCAGCUUUCCGUAGGAGGCUUCCAAGCUGCCACCGGGCACCCAGCAUUAUGUAUAUUUUCAUAACACAUUGAUCUGUAUUGUUUUAUCCGAAACAAUCACUCUGGGUCACGUGGCUAUGCACCCAGACUGAAAAAUCAACUAUGCAUAAAAGGAAGUUUAUUUAUUUAAAUCACAAGGACUUUUAUUAAUAAAAUUGCGUGUUUCCAAUGUUUUAAACACGAAGUUUCUGAGUAGACCUCAGACUGGCCUUGUUAAAAACAGAGGUUAACGC